CAUUACUUAUUUCUGUGAUUUAUUUUCCCGAAAGUAAAAUUUUGUUUUGAUUGUAAAACAGAAAUAACAUAAUAAAAAUAUAUCUUGUAGUAUUUACUUUAUUUUGUAAAAUUCAUAAAUAUCAUACACAAAGUUCAAUUGAAAAGUUAAUUACCUAGUUGUUACUUUCAUUAUGUAUUCUACUACGGCCGCAUGUAGAAUCUGUCUUGCGGUGGACGUCCGCUUGUUUAUCAUCAGUGAUGCUGUUCAGAUGGUUUUUGAAAGGAUCACCAAUACUCUCCUCCACACGGCAGAUGGUAAGCCCGUGGCGGCAUGUUAUAUAUGUCAUGCUAAACUCGUCAAGUGCCACAAUUUGAUGAUAAUGUCAGCAAUGGCUGAAAAUGUACUCAAUGAGAUAUUGCAGACACAUUCCGAGAUUACUUCGGAAUUAAUAUAUGACAUCGACCGAGACGCUUACGGUCUAAGUGGAUCCCUCGGCAUGUAUAUAGAUGAAUGUUUGGACCCUGUUCCACAACACCCUAUAAAUAAUUGUGUGAGUGAUGAAAAGGAAAAUGUAAUUGAAGAAGGAGAAGAGGAGUGGCUACCAGAAGAACUAUCUGAUGUUGAAGUCAAGGACGAGUUUGAUGAAGACGAUCCUUUAAAUAUCCAUUCAGAAGUUGUUACAGAAGAACCGAUGUCAAAUAAACAAGCAGAUGGCGCUCCAGCUCGCAAAUCGGGGGCUGCGAAGCGAGAAACAGCUGACGGAAGUGCAACCAACAGGAAACAGCGCGAUUCUCGACAAAAGUCUACAACACGGUCUGCUCAGGGACCGUACGAGUGUGAUAUAUGCCAACGACAGUUCAAACGACCCUCAGACUUAAUCAGACAUCACAGAAUGCACGUCAAUCACGUGCCGUUCCAGUGUGACACGUGCGAAUUCGAGUGUAGUGAGAAAAGUGAAUUAUCAACACAUUUAAGAACUCAUACGGUUGAGAAACUCUACGAGUGUAAAGUGUGUCAUGAGAAAUUCAACAGAACGAGACAUUUGAAAGCCCAUUUGAAAACUCACAGGGGCGAGACUCACGAGUGUGGUGUUUGUCAAAAGAAGUUCGCUCAUAAAGGUAACUUGUUGGUGCAUCGUAGGAAACAUGCGUGUAGGGGUAAAAAGGGGUUUAUAUGCGAUAUAUGUUCGCGCUCGUAUACCAGAAGGGGUUCGUUGAUUUUGCACAUAAGGAGUCACACUGGUGAGAAACCUUACGCGUGCGAAUUUUGCCCGCAGCGUUUCGCUCGAAAACAUAACUUCUUAUCGCAUAGGAGGCGGCAUACAGGCGAGAAACCUUACGAAUGUAACGUGUGUUUGAAACAGUUCAAUCAGUACGCGAACAUGUUGAGACAUAAGAAAAUUCAUACGGGCGAGAAACCUUUCGAAUGCAGUCUGUGCAAACAGCAGUUUGGCCGAAUAGAAAGUUUAAAAGUUCACAUGAAGAAAACAUGUGAGAAACAAAACAGAUGUGCGAAGCGGAAUCAAUGUAAAGUGUGCCAACUUAUGUUCGACGAUGAAACUCAAUUAUUGAAUCAUUCUUACACACAUUCCGGCGAGAAUCGUUUCGAAUGUAACUUAUGUCAACGCGGAUUCCAAACGAAAUUAGGUCUUAAAGUACAUUUUAUGUCUCACACGGGCGAGAACCGUUUCGAAUGUAAUACAUGUCAGCGUGGAUUCAAAACGAAAUUAGGUCUCAAAGUACACGUUAUGUCACAUACGGGUGAGAAACCUUACGAAUGUAAUAUAUGCGAUAAGACAUUUAGCCUAAAAUCCACUUUGUUAACCCAUUUUAGAACUCACACUGGCGAGAAACCUUACAAAUGUAAUGAGUGUGACAAGAGAUUUACACAAAGAAUUCAUUUGGCGAAUCACAGCCGGGUUCAUACAGGUUACAAACCCUAUGCGUGUGAUUUUUGCGAUUAUAAGUGCUGUGAUAAGCGGCUUAUCUACAAACAUAAAAAGAAUACUCACGGUCUAAUAAAAAUUGAAAGCAUAGCGAAAACUUUAUUAUUGUUAGCCAUCGAAAUGUCUUCAACUACGGCCGCCUGUCGAGUCUGUCUAGCGGCGGACGUGCGCUUAUUAGCCAUCGCCGGCUCGCUACAGCUGGUGUACGAGAAGAUCACCAGUACUGCACUCCACACGGUUGACCGGAGACCCGUGGUAGCCUGUUACAUCUGCUACGCACAGCUCAAUAAGUGCGGAAAAUUGAUGCUUAUAUCUGCCAGAGCCGAGAGGGCAUUAAAUGACAUUCUGCACAGAAAUUCAGAGAUAUCAGUGAACACAUUGUCGGUGAUAGACAGGGGUGCCCACGGGUUGAGACCAAGUUUUGGCGUGUUCAAAAAUGAGAGUCACGACAUACCGCCGGAGUCAGAGGACUCGGAUUAUGGAGACAAUGAAUCUGAGGAUUCCCAUAACGAUGUGAAGUGCGAUUAUGAUGAAGGCGAUCCGUUGAGUCUGGUCCAAUUGUGCGACACAGAGAUGGACAUUAAGGAGGAGAAGGGGAGCGAAGCUCAAACGUCCGGUGCGGACAAACGGAAAGCGGAUGAACGCAGGAAACGCAAAUCGCGACCGCGGCCGCCGCCCGAAGGGCCACACGAAUGCCACAUAUGUCAACGACGUUUCAAACUACACAAAUAUCUUUUACGCCAUUACAAAACUCACACCGGCGAGAAGCCUUACGAGUGCAAUGUCUGCCAGCGCAGAUUCAAAGCCCACAGGGAUCUGCUGCGACAUUAUAAAACCCAUUCGGGCGAGAGACCUCACAAAUGCGACGUUUGCCAGCGGCGGUUCACGGAGAAACGUAAUCUGUCAACGCACAGUAGGAUUCACACGGGUGAAAAACCUUUCGAGUGCAAUUUAUGUCAAAGGAGGUUUAGUCGUAACGCUAAUUUGUUGAGUCACAUACGAACGCACACGGGUGAAAAACCACACGAGUGUAAAAUAUGCCAGCGCAGGUUUCAGCAGAGGGAGGUUAUGUUGAGACAUUUUAGAACACAUACCGGUGAGAAGCCGUAUCAAUGUAACAUCUGCUUGAGACGCUUCAAUCAGAGCGCUCACUUGCUUAGGCAUACUAGGACUCAUACAGGUGAAAAGCCUUACAAAUGUGAUGUAUGUCAACACAGGUUCGCUGAGAGGCGUGAUUUGUUGAAGCAUAUAAAAUCGCAUACUGUUUUAACGGCACUGUAAAUAAAUAAAUAGAUAUAUAUUAUUAUAAUAUUCGGUACAAAUUACACAGAUUGAGGUUAGUUCUAUACUUGCGUUAUGGGUUACUACGUAACUCGACAUACUUACAUAUACAUAUAGUCACGUUUAUAUCCCUUACGGGGUAGACAGAGCCAACAGCCUUGAAAAGGCUGAUAGGCCGUGUUCAGCUUUUUGGCUUCAUGAUAGAAUUUAGAUUCAAAUAGUGACAGGUUGCUAGCACAUCGCCUACAAAAAGAAUCACAAGUUUACAAGUCUAUCCCUUAGUCGCCUUUUAAGACAUCCGUGGGAAAGAAAAUGAGUGGUCCUAUUCUUUUUUUUAUUGGAAUUACACGGCACCACCUAACUCUACAAUUCGUAAAUUUUAAAAACAAUAUAACUAAAAACAAUACUUAUGUGCCGUUAAUAUUUCUUCUAAGUACCUACAUAGUAUACAUUCUUGCCCCGUGUUCGAUACCAGUGUUUUGUUCACAAUCGUAUUUAGUUUACCUUUAAGAAAAAGGAAAAUAUAACACAUUUCUUAACACGAAAAAGAACCUGUUUGGGGUUUAUUUUGUGUUAUUUAACUUUAUUUAAAGUAUUUCAGUUAACCCCUUCAGUGAGCAGAUGAUGGUGUUCCCGCCAAAAAGAUAUGAAUGUUUUGUUUUUGUUUCGUCGCCACACAAUGGACAGGCGAAGGUCAAAAACCAUGAUGCCUAGUCAGUGCGGUAUAAUCAAUUUUUUUUUUAAACUUAGAUUUUUUAAACGCCUUAGGCAUUGACACCUUUCAUAGUCAGUCUGGAAAAGUUUUUAGAUUUUUACACAAUCGUUCUAAAAAGAGAGUUAUGGUUUAAAAAUACAUGUAAGUAUGUUUUUUUGUAACGCAUUGUGUGAUACACGUUAGGUUGACAAAGACUUAGAAUAUAUUAAUAUGUUAUGUGAUGUAAACUCAUCAAUUUAAAUGAAGUUCAAAUUUUAUUUCGUUUAUUCGAAACACGAUAUGUUUUUUUAGCAAAGUUACUCGUGGUAGUUAUUUGUUUUUCUUAAGUUAUAAUAUGAUCUAUAGAUUUUAUUUUUUGUCUUGUCAAGGACUAAAAGACAAUGGGUCUUCCUGGGUCUUCUUUUCACUGGCCAGAUCUAGGUCAAUAUUUAGGUUAAUAUGAAUUGACAAUAGCUUGAAUUACAUUUGCAAGGAGUUGUAUGCAAGUGCCCAAGUAAAACGCGUGUGUAUUCCCGCCUUUAGUGUAAAAAAGCGCAAAUUUUAAUAUUAUAAUGGGUUUCGUUUUAUAUACCUGUUUAACCAUUUCUUUAUAAUAAAUUAUCGAAUUUUAUUUUCGUAAUACUCUUUAUGAGCAUAAAUAAUAAUUAUUAUUUAUUAAAGUUUAGGGUCGGUUCACAUUGAGUUGAGACGCGACGCAAUGCAACACACUUUUUAAUAAAGCAAAUAUUUUUUUUACUUUAACGACUUAAUAAGUCGAGUUGCCUUAAUGAACCUUUUCGUGAAGAAAGCUUAUAAUGGUUAUAUAUUUUGCGUUAUAUUCUCGCGACGCGUCUCGUCUCAAUGUGAACUCACCCUUAUUAUUCAUGACUGUAUUUGUACGUACCAACUUUUAUGUAAUUUAGAUAAAUAAAAUGUUUUGUUAUGCCGUUCGAAUAAAUAUUGU